UUCAACACAUCUCGAUAAGAACAUUAAGACGAAGAAUUUGAUCCAACCAUAAAUGAUCUCGACUUCGACCAUGGCCGAACUCGAGUCGUGUUUUCACCUGAAUACUCCUAUCCUUCUUGAGUUUGUUCAUUGGAGCUUAUCUCGUGUUACGGAUGGGCCACGAGCUGAGGUAGGUCAUUGGUCCAGGCGAUAAUGAAACUGUGGGUCCCUGGUUGUCGGCCAAUGGAAGAGUGCCAUUUUCUGUUUGAUGGUUGGUUAGUCCGUUUCUUCAUCCAUCUCUUCUUUAACCCUCUUCUUACCGUCGUCUCCACUGUCAACGUGUACAGUAUCCUCUUUUUAACCUUCUUUUAAGCGAAGGGGAACGGAGCCUCCUCCCUUGGGACGACGAUGAAGCGUUCUCGGGGUGGGGGCAGCGCAACGGCGGCAGAUCGGGAGGUGCCGCUGAGUCAGAAGGCGGUCAAAUUAGUCGGGAACGUGUGCUUCUCGCUCUUCGUGCUCUCCGUGCUCAUCUUCACCAUCGUCUCCAUCACCUACCAACCCCCCGACCCCUGGUUCGACUCCCCCAAGGCCAUCAUCUCGAAGUCCCUCGCCGCCACCCUCCCCAACGCUACAUUCCGCACCGACGACUCCGUCCUCCAAACCGGCGAGGACCUCGUCCCCCUUACGGCUGCCGAUAACUCGACUACUGCCAUAGCUGAUGAUGACAACGCCUCCUCCGCUGCCAUAGUCCUCCCAUCUCUGGCGCCGGACUGCGACCCCGACGCUCCGCUUAACUGCUCCGACCCCCGCGUCCUCGCUGCGAUCCAGCGCUUCAAUACCCGUAUCUUUCAUCGCUCUAUCAUAUUCCUCAGCUAUGAGACGCCCGUAUCUGGAUCCGCCCCCUGGGAGUGCGACGCUGCCUGGCGCUUCCGCAACCACCGCGAGAAGUCCUGGCGACGCUACAAGGACUACCGCCGCUUCCGCCUCGCCCCCGCUGACAACUGCACCUACGAGGUUGUCUCCGCCGGAAAAUUUCGCUCCGGCGUCAACGCGGCCCCCAAGCCUCCACUGCGGCGCCAGUCUUCGUCCCGGGCCCCUCCCUCCCAAAUCGCGGAUGCCGAGAUCAACGACACGAUCCCGACGCUCGGAUCUGAAUCAAACUUCCGAAAAGGGAAAUAUCUCUACUACACGCGCGGUGGCGAUUACUGCAAGGGGAUGAAUCAGUACCUGUGGAGCUUCCUUUGCGCCCUCGGCGAGGCCCAGUUCUUGAACCGGACGUUUGUGAUGGAUCUCAACGUCUGUUUGGCUGCCACUUACAAUCCCAGUGGCCGGGAUGAGGAGGGUAAGGAUUUCCGAUACUACUUCGAUUUCGAGCAUCUCAAGGAGUCGGCAUCGGUGGUGGAGGAGAGUGAAUUCUUGAGGGAUUGGCAACAAUGGGAUCGUGCCACAAGCCGAAAGGCUGGCGGCAAGAUCAGCGUCCUCAAGGUGCCGACGUACAAGGUCACGCCAAUGCAGCUCAAGAAGGACCCAAGCACCAUCAUCUGGAGGCAGUUUGACGGGCCAGAGCCCGAGAAUUACUGGUACCGUGUGUGUGAGGGUCGGUCUGCUAAGUACAUUCAGCGGCCAUGGGAAGCAAUUUGGAAAUCCAAGCGGCUGAUGAACAUUGUGUCGGAGAUCGCAGGACAGAUGGACUGGGAGUAUGAUGGCAUCCAUGUGGUCCGUGGCGAGAAGGCCAGGAACAAGGAACUGUGGCCUAAUUUGGAUGCAGAUACUUCUCCUGAGGCCCUGGUGCAGAAGCUAACAAAGGUGAUACAUCAAUGGAGGAAUCUCUAUAUUGCCACGAAUGAGCCAUUCUAUAACUACUUUGAUAAACUGAGAUCACACUAUAAGGUGCAUUUGCUUGACGAUUACAAGGAGAUGUGGGGAAACACUAGUGAGUGGUAUAAUGAGACGAUGGCUCUAAACAAUGGCCACCCUGUGGAGUUUGAUGGGUACAUGAGGGUUGCAGUGGAUACAGAGGUGCUCUAUAGGGCAAAGAAUCGGGUGGAAACAUUCAAUAAUCUAACAAGGGACUGUAAGGAUGGUAUUAACACAUGCUAGUAAUGAUAUGGUAAAAAGUUUGGAGGCCGAGAAGGAUGUGGAUAUUCUCCAUUUUUGUGUGAGUUCAUAGUCAGGUAAGUGUUGAGGUUCCUGCAUUGUCCAUUUUAAUUUGGAGUUGAGAUAUUCAGCAGUUUCAAUUUCUAUCUUGUUCUAUCUUUUUUUCCCUUUAGCUUCCUUGUCAUAGCAUAUCUCAUUUUUUGGUAAUACAUAUAUCAGUAAGUGUCCUGUUACUGUCAUAUGACAUUUUGAAAUAUUCACAUAUUUUUUUCUCAUUCUA